CGGGUUUUGAGAGCGGUUCGCAUCGUGCAGCUGAUCAUUUGCCCGACUUAGGGGUUGUAGGAGUUGGAGCGUCGUACAACUCCGGACAACUCCGUACCGACUCGUCAGCAGUCUGUGCUAGACAUGCGCGCUGCAGCUGUUGCCUCCCCAUUACACGCACAGCUCAGACUCCGGGCCUGUGCUCGGUCUUCAGGUUGGGAAGGGUGAGAGAGACGGCGGGGGGCGACGUAUCUCCCAUUUUCAGUGCACAGAUGUUCUGCACUUGUUUGUCAGUGAGAUAGGUUAGCCUUCGCACGAGAGAGAGGGCGAGCAAGGGUCACUGGCGAUCCGACGGCCCAGCUCCGCGUUGUGGCGACGACAGCGGAAUCUGUCUGGCGUUUGGCAAAGUUCCCCUGACCCUGACAUCCUGCCCUGUCUACUGUCUAUCUAUUUUCUCCUCGAGCGGCUGACUUUCCUCCUCGCCUUCUGUACUCGUUCUUUACAGUAGAAAGAAAACCAGCAAUCAGGUCACAUUUUUCUGAGAGCUGCUGGGUGUUCGUUUCCUGCGGUACCUCUUAUCUUGCUCCCUCUUUCUCUCUAGCUCGCCGCGGAAAGUGCGGUCGGCCGCGUGUGUCAUCGUCAUCGUCAUCGUCAUCUCCAUCGCCAAGGUGAGUACCGUUAACGAUGGGGCUGCAGAAUUUGCGAAUGGGUCUUCUGUGCGGCUGCGUGACGUUCCUGUGUUUGCGCGGCGUGGUGUUCGAGUGGAUCCACCGUAUUCACACCGGGGAUCUCCAAGGCACCGGCGGCGCAGGCGUGUAUGAUCGCCGAAUGAUGGACUUCAGAGAUGAACGGCUACAGAACGCUGUUGCCAAUUUCCAAGUAGAUGACAGAGCUGAUACUGGUCGGUUCAAGCUGUUGUGGGUUACGGCGGAACCUCAUCAGCCUGUAAAGGUAGAGAACAAGGACGAGCUGCUGCAACAUAUGCUAGGUGAGCGACGGGUAGGUGGUCAGGGUGUCGCUGGUGUUGGCGGCAUUGAUGUUCGCUAUCGCCUCCGCACGGGCGCAGUCAAGGAGUUAACGACCAUGGCAGCGGAAUUGGGCGGAGAAAAGGGCGGGGAAUGACUUUGACUUAACCAUCGGCACAUUGUGACUGAAAGCUGUGUUUUUAUUAUCAUAUACAUGAUGUGACGCAGUCUGAGCUGGGCUUUUUCACGGGUCUUGUUUCCUUCCUCCUUUCCUUUGCUCCCUUUCCUCUGCAUGCUUUCCACUGCUCCCUCUUCUGUACUCCUCUCUCUUCUCUCCUGUGAUGCUCUCCUCUCCUCUGCACCCUCUCCACUGCUCCCUCUUCUGUACUCCUCUCCUCCUCUCCUCCUCUCCUCCUCUGCCCGUCUCAUCGACCUCUGGCCUCUGGUUAGUGCUGAAGUGGGUAGUUCUCUACAGCUUACAUGAGAUGUUGUAUGGAAAGCUCUCAUCGACCUCUGGCCUCUGGUUAGUGCUGAAGCGGGUAGAUUCCUGAUGACGAAUGAGGCGGCGGAGAUCCUCGGUUUCAAGAGAGGGGGGUACCCGUUGUAUGGAGAUGGAGAUUGGGCGUGAUAUUUAGUAAUUAGCGCGUGGACUUGUUGCCAGUCUUUACCUCGUUUUCGUUCUUAUUUCGGCGUUUUCAAUGGCCGCAGCUGCCGCUGUUGCUCCGUGCGCUUGCAGCUUCGUCUGCUCGAGAGCCUCCCAGGCGUCUCCUCGCCCGACAAAUGAAUAUGCUGGUGAUGUUUGAUUCUGUGUAUGCUGGAUCUCUCUCACUACUGACGAGGCGCACGCACGUCAUUUGCGGGAUCUCUCUCGCUACUGACGAGGCGCACAUUAUUUGCAGGAGUGUUUCGCCCGUUGUUCAUUGAUUCAAAUAAAGCCAAGUUGCCACUCAGUUUGAUAAUUACCCGCGCAUCGUUACGUGAGGGGGGACUCUUGUUCCGCUGGAAAGAGGUGCAUAUAUAGAGUAGACGUCAAGAGACUGGCUGUGUACCUGCUGUUACUAUAUUGCUAAAUUGCAUUUCGUCUCUCCUGCUGGUGGGAUGGUGACUAAGACGCCGAGCCGAAUUGUGCGUUCACCGGUAGCAAACGAUCCACUGAGCAUACAUCUGUGUGUACGUGUGUAUGUGACUCUGUGUGUGUAUGUGUGUGUGUGUGUGUGAGAGAGAGAGAGAGAGAGAGAGAGAGAGAGAGAGAGAGAGAGAGAGAGAGAGAGAGAGAGAGAGAGANGAGAGAGAGAGAGAGAGAGAGAGAGAGAGAGAGAGAGAGAGAGAGAGAGAGAGAGGCGGUGGGGGGCUUGCAGAGGUCGAUAAAUUGUCGAUAAACUGUGACGUAAUUGCACAAGGCAAGGGUCGUCGUACGUUUUGUCGCUUCUGAGACGUGCGACUAGGAUUAGUGAGGGGCUUUAAACUGUCUGUCAUGUGGAUCUCUUCAUGGCAUGGUUUGGUGAUGGGAGGAAUAUCUGACCAGGACUUCCUCGGUGGUUGGUUAAAAGCGCUAUCUUGGCGUCAGGGCAACAAUUUUAGAUGAGUUUCUCACUCUAUAACGGUCCGGUCGCUUUUCUUUUUUCGGAUGGACGGACUUGGUGGACGAAUCUUGAGAAUAGGUUAUGGGUUCUGCCAACUCGCUGAGCGGGUCAAUGUCUCCCUUUUCUAUCUGUCCGCGUUUCUCUCGUUUUUUUUCUCGCUUUUCUUAAUCUCUGAACUUCGCAUGUAUAUCGUCAGCAUCAUCAUGCACAGUGCGUGGGUUCUGCCGACUCACUGAGCGGGUCCAUGUCUCUCUCUUUUCUAUCUGUCCGCGUUUCUCUCGCUUUUCUUCUCGCUUUUCUCAGUCUCUAAACUUCACCUGUAUAUCGUCAGCAUCAUCAUGCACAGUGCAUAUCCCUUUUCUUGUGAACUUGUGCAAUGACGAGUGGGGUGUAUACGGUACUUCUCUGCCCCUGGAAAGGCGCGAAGCGUUCUGUGCUGUUAUGCCCGUGCUGUUAUGCCCAUGCUUUAUGCCCGUGGUUUAUGUCGAUACAUUGUCGCCGUGCUUUGUGCCCAAGUUUUUCUCUCCGUUCGUGGUGCCAAGCCUACACCUAAGUCUGUGUUCGACGACGUGUGUUCUCGGUACGGUGUUGAUCUUUUUCCGUGCUUUUUGCGUUUCUGGUCUGGUCCAUAUUGGUAGCGGUGUGAUCAUUCGUCCACGCCUGUUGUGUUUUGCUGUCUUGUUGUCUUGUACUGUACGGUGAGGGGAUUAAUGGGAUGCCUUUCGCAAGCAUGGUGACUAGGUUCUUUUGUGGGGAUAUAGGGGGCCAAGCAUGCUGCUAAGGCUCUUUUUGUCAAGAGGUAAGGCGCCAAGCAUGCGUCUAAGGCUCUCUUUUUUAUGAGGAAGGGGCCAAGUAUGCCGCUGAGGCUUUUUUCGUGUUGAGACGAAGGGGCAAGCUUGCUGAUAAGCCUAUGUUUGUAAGGUCUUUUUGUCUGAAGAGAGAAUGAGCACGUGUUCGUGCUCGUCCAAGUUGUCAUAAAAUAUAUAGUCUACUUGAAAAAAAAAACAUGAAAAAAAUCGGAUCGAUGUUUUGCGCAGAAUCACUGACGGGUUGUCUUCGUGUUCGCGGCGCGGGAAAU